AUGCUCAGGGCGACAGCUCUGGGAUCGGGAGACUCGGUCCUGAUGCUGCUGCAGCUUCUUUGGCCGCGACUGCUCUGGCUGUGGCUACUGACGUCUCCGGUCUCUCUUUCCGGGAGCCAAUGUUCAUUGCGCAGGGUAUACUCACGGGGCUACUACAAAGAUGGGGAUCUGGUGAUCGGAGCCCUCUUAGCUCUGAAUGUGUUUGAGGGACAUCUGUCAGAUUUUGAUAGAUAUCCUCAUUAUUUUGAUAGGAACUUUGCCCGCGUUUCCAAACAUAAUCAGCACGUCCUAGCCCUGGUGUUUGCCGUGGAGCAGAUCAACAAGGACCCCAGCCUCCUGCCCAACGUCUCCCUGGUAUUCCACUUCUAUGAUACCUUAUUCCGGGAGAGGCUGGCUGUGGAGCAGUCUCUGAUGCUGCUCUCGGGAGUGGGGCGAACAGUUCCCAAUUACAGCUGCCAGGAGAGAAACAAGUUGGUGGCCAUUAUCGGAGGCAUCAGGUCGACCUUGUCCAUCGUAAUGGCCAACGUCAUCGGAUUCCACAAGUUCCCCCAGGUAAGGAUCACCUACGGCCCCUUUGAUGCCAGCCUGAGGGAUCCAAUGCAGUUCCCCUAUCUCUACCAGGUGGCCCCCAGGGAUACCGCUCAGCAGCGGGGAAUAGUUCGGCUGUUGGUGCAUUUUGGCUGGACCUGGGUCAGCCUGAUUGUUUCCAAUAACGUUGAAGGGGAAAUAUUCACCUGGGACCUGACACAGGAGAUGAGCCGUCACGGAGUUUGUGUGGCCUUAACAGAAAGGAUUCCUGAAACUGACUACUAUGGCACACGACAAGUACAAAAAUUGUAUCAAAAGAUGAAUGAUUUGUCGUCCAAUGUGGCCAUUGUCUAUGGUGACAUCGACUCUCUCAUCAUGUUUAAAUGGGUUGUCAGUUGGUUUGGUGUUAGAGGGAAAGUUUGGGUCAACACAGCUCAUUUUGAUGACACUGUCAGUAAUGAUUACCAUCUAUAUGAAAAUUCCUUCAUAGGUUCUUUGUCAUUUUCUGUCCACACGAAUGGUGUACCUGGUUACAAAGAUUUCCUUCAAGCAGCUAGCCCUUCCAAAUACCCCAAUGAUGUUUUUCUCAAGGAUUUCUGGCAAGCCCAAAUAGGCUGUGUCUUUGAAGCUUCACAACACAGAAAACACACACGGAAGACUAUCUGCUAUGGAAAUGAGAGCUUUGAUAGCCUAAAUUUGCUUAACACUGACUUUGAGCUGACUGGGCUAAAGCACACUUUGUACAGUGCUAUGUAUCGGGUGGCACGUGCUCUUCAUGAAAUGCUUUUGUCCAAGUCAGAAAUGGAAACGUCUGGGGCAAAGGAAUCAGUGGUGCCCUCUCCAUGGCAGCUUCAUUCCUUCCUGAGGCAGCAUCAAUUCAGUGCCAGCAUGGGGGACCACCGAGAUAUUUACGGAAGCACUGAAUCAGUCCCAAGUUACGAUAUACUGAAUUUACAGUCAUACAAUUUGUAUGGGUGCGUGCGAGUGAAGGUCGGAGAGUUUAAGCCUGAGGCAUCUAUGGGGAAUAACUUGAUAAUUAAUGAGGAGGACAUUGUGUGGAACUCAGGAUUCAACAAGAUCCUUCCUUGCUCCGUGUGCAGCAAAAGCUGCCUCCCUGGAUUUAGGAAAACAGCUCUGGAGAGGAAAGCCAUCUGCUGCUAUGAUUGUACCCCGUGCCCCAAGGGUGAGAUCUCCAACCAGACAGACGCAGCUCACUGUUGGAAGUGCCCUGAUGAUGAGUAUCCCAAUGAGCGGAGAGAUGACUGCCUGCCCAGAGUCACGAUUUUCCUCUCUUUUGACGAGCUGCUGGGGACUGUCCUGGUUUCUAUGGCUCUUACUUUCUCCCUGAUUACAGCCCUAACCUUGGCGAUCUUUAUCAAACACCGGCACACGCCCAUUGUCAGAGCCAACAACCGUGGCCUCAGCUAUAUCCUCCUCAUCUCCCUCAUGCUCUGCUUCCUCUGCUCCCUCAUCUUCAUCGGCCGUCCCAGCACAGCGUCCUGCCUCCUUAGACAGACUGCCUUUGGCAUCAUAUUCUCUGUGGCCGUGGCUUCAGUGCUGGCCAAGACCAUCACAGUGGUCUUGGCCUUCAGGGCCACCAAGCCAGGGAGCAGGUUCCAGGGUUGGAUGGGUCCUCGAGUGUCUAACUCUGUCGUCCUUAUCUGCUCCAUGAUCCAAGUGACCAUCUGCGGGGUCUGGUUGGGGACCUCUCCCCCUUUCCCUGACUCCAACUCUCAGGCUGAGUUUGGACUCAUUAUCCUUGAGUGUAACGAGGGCUCCAUCACUGCCUUCUACUGCGUCCUAGGCUACAUGGGCUUCCUGGCCCUGGUCAGCUUCAUGGUGGCCUUUCUGGCCCGGAAUCUGCCCGAUGCAUUUAACGAGGCCAGGUUUAUCACGUUCAGCAUGCUGGUGUUCUGCAGCGUCUGGAUCUCCUUCCUACCCACCUAUCUGAGCACCAAGGGCAAAGCCAUGGUGGCCGUGGAGAUCUUCUCCAUCUUGGCCUCCAGCGCUGGGCUCCUCGGUUGUAUCUUUGGGCCCAAGGUCUAUGUGAUCCUGUUGAGGCCAGACACGAACACCCGGGUCCAGUUACUUAGGAAGCUGAAUGUCAACAUUAAAACCCCUUGA